UCUUUUAUAUAUCAAUUGAACUAAGCUUUAGAGUCCAAAUUCAUGAAAGCAACCUUAGACAAAAAUAUAGAUAUCAUUACACACACAAAAAAGGAAAGACAAUAUAUGAAACAAAAAAGAAAACAAAAACAUAUUUUUGUUUGUUUUGGGGGUAAGGAAUCGAAGUGGGCCUUCGAGUAUGCUUGUACCUUAUUGAUUCAAUGAAUACGGUUAUUGUACUAUUGAUUGACGCACAAAAUACAUACGUAUAGUAAGGGGCUUACCACAAGGAAGCGAAAACGUCAACAAACGACGUGAGUCAAAAUUUAUUUUAAAUCCCCCUAUGCCAUAAUGACGUCACAGUAAUUUUAAUUUAAGGACAGAUGCUCAGAAAUACUCAAAAUUUGGACCUAUUAAUAUUCUUUCCGAAAGCAGAAAUUUAGUGUAUCGGGCCUUAAGGCCUUAACACACAAAAGAAAGCACGAGAAAAUGUUGUCAGUACAAUGGCGCUAACAAUUUACAUUUUCCCCGAGUUGAAGUUUACUCUGUAUUCCCAGAAGGUUUAAACCUUAGUUCAAUGCUUUUUGACCUAACCUCAACCCGACGAGUAUAGCCUAAUCGAUCCCUGUUUUGAAAGGACACCAUUUUCAAAAAUUUACACAUUCGUGCAUCAUCACAUUCGUGUCAARAGAGUGACACUAUUAAUUGAUUUCUUUUUCCGGCCUUAAUCGAAUGAUCUAUAAAGAGCGGCGUUUCAAGUACUCUUAUUGUUUUUGUGCUAUAGUCAAUGGAUGAGAGUUUAAUUGAUUUUUUUUGUCUACAAUGCCAAUCAACGAAUAAAAGACCUAUUGAGCUUAUUUAUCCGGCAACUAAAGAUAUUUAACCUUUUUAAUUGAUGAGGAAGGCUACAUGAUUGUAAUUUUGACGGCCAUACGGAAGAUUCAAAGUGGAAAUAAGAAACAAAAGAAGUUUCUUUUCAAAUGCCAGCUGCUUGUUUUUAUAAAGUUGAAUCCCUGACGCAUUUGAUUCACUUUGGAGCUGAACAUUUGCUAUCGACUACUACCUUGACUCUAGAGCUUAAAAWACAUGGGGUCUGUCGGUCACMAAAACCAUACCCAGAUCCCUGUCGCUUUUUGCAUUAGAGCUUUCAAUUUCUAUAAUGAUGGACUAUCCAUUACUGGACUWACAGUAUAUUCAAUAACWUUUCCUCCGACUGUCUUCCUGAACGUUUUGGUUCUUUUAGGUGUUUAUAAGGCUACCUCUCUACACACACCGAGCAACACCCUUCUUUGUGGAUUGGCUCUSUGUGAUUUUGCAACAGGGGCAUUGGUGGUGCCUUUGAAUAUUGCUUUGAUUAUAGCUCAGCGUCAAAAUGCCUCUUCUCUUUAYUGCAUUUUGCAGACAAUUACUUCAAGGCUCACAGGGGUUUUCAGUGGCAUCUCGUUCAUCACAGUUACAUUAAUCAGUGUGGACCGAUUGAUAGCUCUAAGGUUUCAUUUGAUGUAUUCUACAGUGGUAACUGUUCCAAGAGUUCUGUCGGCUUUGUUGCUCACAUGGUUGGUAUUCUUCGUUUUUGUGGUGUUGACCAUUUGGAUCGGAUACCUACCGUUCCUAUGGUGUUUUGCCAGUGCUAUUGUGCUAUGCCUCGUGAUCUGUACMGUCAAUAAUUCGUUAAUUUUACGAAUUUUACGGCGUCACCGCGUAAGCAUUCAGAGCCAACAGCAGCAAGUUCAGGCCAAUGAGAACAAUGACAAUACCAAUAUGGCAAAUAGAAAGAAAACUUCAAAAACCAUGCUUUGGGUGUAUUUGGUGUUUGUAUUGUGCACUGUGCCAUUUAGCAUGAGGGUAAUGAUAUCACCUUUUUCUUCGGGAGGCGGAAAAACGUCAAUAAUAGCAUCCAUUUUGGCUGGAACAGCAAAAUAUUUGAUGCUGGCGAAUUCCCUCUUCAAUCCAAUCUUCUAUUGCAUCAAGAUGCGUUACAUUCGUCGGCAAGUUCUUCAACUUCUACCUACUGGCCUUCAGUCCGUUCUUCACGUCGAACGUACCACCUCCACUACUUGAACAAAACAUGGAAGGCAGUAUGUAUACAACACUGAAUAUUGCUACCCCGCAAUUAGUAAAGAUUGUUUCCUGAUAUUCUGGAAGAGUGCCGAAACAACACCAACACCAACAACAGCAGCAACAACAACAACAACAUAUAAAUGAUGUAAAUAAAAUAAMAUAAAAACAU